AUUUAUUUUUUAGAAUUGUGUCGCAAGUUUUCUUAUUAUUCAUCAUAAUUGUAUACUCGCGAUUAUCGACUGGAAUUCAUAUAAACACUUGGAAUUUAUAUUCUAACCUAUCUUAAAAUAACCCUGUUUAAAAUACGACUAUGAGGAUAUCGAUCACGUAGUCUGGUCAUGUGAUAGAUAUAGUAGGGAAAGAGAUUUAUUGAGAAAGGAAAUCGGAGCACAAGAAUUGGACCGACGUGAAGAACAGAUAUCAAACAUUAUUAAACGGGAGGACUGGAAUAAGCUUUAUAGCAUAUACCAGUUUAUCCGAAGGAUAAAGAGGAUAAUUUAAGCGGUAGAGAGAUUAUUAACUUCGCCAUAAGACCUAACCGGUUAAGAGCGUUCUCGUACGAGAAAACAUUAAAAAAAAAAAAAACCCUGUUUAAAGUCAAAGUAAAUAAAAUGACUUCGUACAGCGUGAUUACGUCUGAUUUUGUGAAUGUAUCUAUCACAAAUUCCGCACAAGGAUCUUGUUGCGUGGAACGUCGAUUUCAAAAGGGUAUAACUGUCGAUGAAUUUAAGGGUAAAUUGGAACUUCUUACGGGCGGUAAUCCAACUACGAUGAUAAUCGAAGUCUAUGACAAGAAUGACAAACUCGUUUGCAAGUUGGAGGAAGGACAACGCCUUUUGGGAUCUUAUCCAAUCGAUGAUGGCAUGAGAAUACAUGUUAUCGAUAAUUUCUCGAGCACUGCAGAAGACUUAAAUGAUGUGAAAAAGUUUGAGAUAUCUGAAGAAGAAUAUGCUAAGAAAACAGAUACUGUUAAGGCGUUUCUGGAGAAAAAUAAACUAGGAAAAUAUAACGAGGAGGAAAUGAAAAAGAAGAUGGAGGAAAAGAAACGGGAGGAAGAAGCAGAGGAACAUUCAGCUAGUUUAUGUAAAGUCGGAGAUCGCUGCGAAGUAUUUGUUCCGAAUCAACCGAAACGAAGAGCUACUAUCUUAUACAUUGGUAAAACUGAAUUUAAAGAAGGCUGGUGGAUUGGUGUCAAAUAUGAUGAACCUCUUGGCAAGAAUGAUGGAAGUGUCAGUGGUAAAAGAUAUUUUGAAUGUCCACCAAAGUAUGGUGGAUUUGUGAAGCCAACAUAUGUGAAAGUCGGAGAUUUUCCCGAGGAAGAUUUCGAUUUGAAUGAAGAACUUUAAAAACACCUAAUGUUAUUUCAUAGAAUGUUUUUUUACAAUUUUUGAAUAUUCAAAAUAGACAAAAUUUUAUAAA